UAUUCACCCCCACUAUGGCUAUCUCAUACUACUCAUCAACUACUCAUUUUUCCCCUUUAGAAAGCUUAAGGUAUUCAUCUUGACGAUAAAGUCCAAAGUAUACUUCGGCCAUCCACAUUCCGCGAUGGUCCGCACACUGUCCGCGUGACGUAAUUUUCAUCAUCAGGAGGAUCCGUGUACAAUAGCACAUGCGCAAGUUCAUUUAUGUCAAUCAGUCAUUUGCUCCAUCACCAGACCAAGAAGUGGGUGUGCUUUUUGAGUGUUUUGGGAGUGAUGGGAAACUAGUUCUCCAUUACUGCAAGUCCCAGGCCUGGGGAUGACCGUGCAGCUCUCUUUUCCCCCUUUUCUCCCUUUCAUUUCAUACAUUUGUACACAUACAGUAACAAAAACAUCCCAUACACAUCUUCAUUGUUUUUAUAACUUAUUAAUUUUUCAUGUCUUUUUUUUGUAAAUAAUAAAGUGUAAAUAAUAUUAUAAAACAAUGCAUCAUCUCGUGGGACUUUUUUUAAAGCAGAGUGGAGGUGGGGGGAAUGGGUGAAAAUCAUAAGAACACCAAAUACCUUUAGAAACUAAUUCUGAUGGGUGUUUUUAAUAUUAAACCUCAAGUUGAAGUGAUUUACAGGGACAAGGGCAAUAUGUGAUUCUCAGAAGUACACAGUGAUUACUUUUUACAGGAGGGGUGGGUAAUGUCCCAGGACAGAACAGGUCACAUGUAAGGGACAGUGGAGGGGUGUGAAGAACAGGUGGGACAGAGAGAUGUUUAAAAAGGGUGGGAUGGAGGGAUGCAAAAGAAGUCAGGAUAAAAAGAUGGAGACGGCGCUAACAGAUGGACUGAAGAGGGAUUAUGGAUGCUCUUGGUAGAGUGUGACACCAAUUUCCAAGGAAAGGCAGGAAAAGGAGGAGAUUUGGGCAGGAUUGUACCAAAAAAAGGGGAAAACCAGAAAUAAUCGCAAAAGGAUAAGGAGGCAAACUGCAUGCUGAACCAAAGAGACGAGACCUUCUGUGUUUAACAACCGCACAGAAGGUAGAAAAAGAUGAAAAUUAAUGGAUCGUAAUAGGGAGAAGUGAUUACGAUGGACAUGAUGUAAGAAGAUUAAUGUGCACAGGUAAAAAUCUGCUUUUUUAAUGCAGAAUAAUGUUGUUUUUCUUGUAAAAUAUAACUAAAUUGAAUUCUCGAUACUGCAGAUACAACUGGUACAACUCUUAAUAAAUGAAUGAUUGAAGCGUUUGUUCUGAUUAACACACAUAAUGUCUUUCGUAUCGCUUACAAACACAUUAAAAUAAAUUUAAAUUUGGGAUCUGUUUUUCAAUAAACUGUAAAAAAUGAAAAUGUGCAGAUGUUGCCUUAAAGAACUGUUUCUUGUUGAUCUGAAUUAUGAAAAUGAUGUAACCUAUAAUGUAUACAGGUUUAUAUUUAGAAACUAUGUUUUUUAGUUUUAUAUGAAAUGUUCAUAUAGCUCGAAAUUUUAAAGUCAUACAUAGGUAAUACACAGGAAUCCUUAAAAGCGGAAAAAAAAAAAUAUACAUGCACACCUACAAAGCCCAAACAGAUUAAAACAGAUUAUUAGAGGAUUACAAGUAAAGUUAGACUUAAUGCAAGAGCUUAACUAAUAAUUUCAUCACGUAACUCCAAACGUAAUCCUUUGAAUUCCCCCUCUUUCCUUUUCUCAUUUUUAAUCCCAUUCAGGGAUAGACUGGGAUGAUGCCUUAGGGAAUAUCAAUAAUAGUUCCAUAUCAUUUAUUCAGCAUUACAUAAACAUGUUUUAUCUUUAGUUUACAGUUCUACACAUACAUUUACAUACUCCUUGCAAGAUAUGCAAGCUGUUAAUAAUUUUAACAAAAUAAGAGGAUCAUAAAAAUUCCAUGUUAUUUUUUAGAACAGUCCUGAAGCUGUUUCACAUAACAGACAGUUAAAUUGUGUUCUUAAAAAAAAAAAAAAAAUCCUGCACAUUGUUUAGUUUUCCAGCAUCUUCUGCAUAUUUGAACCCUUUCAAGCAGUGACUAUGAUUUUGAGAUCCAUCUUUUCACACAGAGGACAACUUUUACACAACUAUUACAAAAGGUGAAAACAUUCACUGAUUUUCAAGAAGGCAACAUGGUUCGUUAUAGGGGUGUAAACCUUUUGAUUUGUAUUAUUUUGUAUUCUGGGAAACAUGUACAUAUCUUAUGUAGUCUCUUAAGUGCAGUACUACAUGAAAAGAAAAAUAUGAUCCUUAAACAAAAAAAGAAAAAUGUACACCCAAUGCUCCUCAUGUUGUCUUAUUGAACAUCAGUGAAUGUUUGCACCUUUUGUAAAUUUUAGAGCAUUUAUUCGGUAUCAAGGGUACAGCCUUACGGUGGUUUAAUUCAUAUCUUAAAGACAGGUCUUUUUCUGUAGAGUUAGGUAAGUUCUCUUCAUCUUCUGCUCCUAUUAUUAUUGGAGCACCUCAGGGCUCUAUUUUGGGUCCAUAUCUUUUUAACUUAUAUAUGUGUCCACUGGGCGAUAUUAUUAAGAAGCAUAACGUUUUAUUUCAUUGUUAUGCCUAUGAUACACAGCUGUACCUGCCGUUGAAAACUGGCAAUUCCAUUCAACCUUUGUUGGAAUACAUCUGGGACAUAUAUAGAGAUAGAGCUGUCACCCCUGUCUAUGGAACCAAUUGCCUCUGGACAUCCACCUCGCACCUUCCAUUACUAUUUUUAAAUAAAAAUUGAAAAUGUAUCUCUACUCCCUGGCAUUUAAUAUUACCAUACUCCUGUUUUAUUGUCCUGUUUUGUUUGGCUUUACUCUGCUCAGCACUUUGGAUAGCUCUGCUAUGUUUAAAUGUUCUUUAUAAAUAAAAUGUACUUUUACUUUACUUUUUAAUAGUUGUGUAUAAGUUCCUCAACUGUCCUUAGAGUGAAAAGGUGGAUCUCAAAAUCAUACAGUAACUGCAGAAGAUGCUAGAAAAUCAAGGUUAUGUAAACCUUUGAACUGGUUAAUUUGUGGAAAUUCAGUUAUUAUAUUGUCUCAUGGACUAUAUGUGUACAUCUCUAAUGUGACAGCUCAUUCAACAGUGCAUGCAAUUUUUUAUGAUCCCUCUUAUUUUGUUAUAAUUAUUAGUAUUCUGCGAGGGCUAUGUAAACUUAUGAAAAUAAGAAGUAAUUGGUAAAUUUAUUUGCCUUUGGUUUUCAAAGCAACAACAAAUCACUAAUAUAAAAUGCUCAAAUAUUUAGAAAAUUUCUAAUAAAGCAGUUUUAUGACGAAGUGAUGCUUUAUGUCACAGCAUUUGGUGAUAAAAAAUAAAAUAAAAUAAAUAUAAAAAUAUCAAACAAAUCAGUUAGCUUACAAACAUAAAAUAAUACUACAUAUAAUAAUGAUAUAGACUAACGCCAAACCAUGUGAACACAUAUAGUGAUCCAGAAGUGAAAUGUAUCUGUGCAGUUAAUGUAAUCUGUCUUUUAGAUCUCUUUAAGUGCUUUUUCAUUUAUGCUUUGUUUAAUAAACAUCUACCAAGAACAAUGUUUAAAUGUAUAAGCCUGUGACAUGUGUUUUUCUUUCCUUAUUUGACCCUCUCCUUUAAUAAUUCCACAUCUUCAUUUACCCUACCAUCUGUCAUAGGGAUCUUUUUCUCAUUUCUGCUUUAUGUAAUUUUCUCAAUUUCAUUCUCAUCCCAAAAGACUUUUUGUGCGUGGUCAUUGACAUCCCUGUUUAUCCUUCUGUUUCUUACCUCUGGGUAGCAUGUUGGACCACAUGUCCAGGCGUUCUCGCUCGCUGCUCUCUCUUUUCCUGACCUCCCUUGCCCUUGCUUUAUCUGUGCUGGCUUUCUGUACGUCUUACUGGUGUGAAGGAACGCACAAGGUGGUCAAACCUCUCUGCCUUUCACCUGUCAAGAUGAAGAACUGCGGCCAGAACAAUAGUGAGCCUUAUACUACAGAAAGCCCCACCCCAGAUCCACGGGGCACAUUAUCACCAAAGCGAAGGGAGGAACUUGCCAGGAUUCGUCAAAGGCAACUGGCAAAUGCAGUUCACUACAUUUGGGAGACGGGAGAAGACAAGUACACCUUCAGAUAUUUCCACACAGGAUUUUGGGAGUCAUGUGAAAAACAUGCUGAUGGAGAACGAUGUCGCCGGUUCUUAGAUCUUACUCCUGGAGAGACUCAUGGUGUUCUGUGGUUGUCAAUGAUUGCUGAGUUCAUGUACAUCAGUUUGCUGGGGAUGGGGUUUCUACUCAUGUGGGUGGAGGUGUUGUGUGCUCAUAAAGAAAUGCAUGCGCUCAAAAUCAACGCUUUUGCAGCCAUGUGCACUGUGCUCUCAGGACUGUUAGGGAUGGUGGCUCAUAUGAUGUACACCACCGUAUUUCAGCUGACUGUGAUUGUGGGGCCCAAAGACUGGAGACCUCAGACGUGGGACUAUGGCUGGUCAUUUGCGUUGGCAUGGGUGUCUUUCAGCUGCUGCAUGGGUGCUGCAGUUAUGACCCUUAAUUCUUACACCAAAACAGUCAUUGAGAUGCGUCACCGCCAGAGGCUUCGAUUAGAAGAGGCCCGCGCUACAAGCCACGCUCCAUCCUACGAUGAGGUGGUUCCAGGGGGCGGGCUCUACUCCGUCAGUGGCCUAUUACAGUGCCCGAAUGGCAUGAUAGACUCUAUGUGGGCACCCAAUGGGAGCAUGAGAAUGGUGCAGGAGGAGGAUGUGCCCACCCUGGUACUGGUUGGGGGGUGCAGACCGGAUACGUGUGAGGACUGCGAGAGAGAGAUAGAUGAAAUGAAGGAGGCCAUGAAAGGAAUAGAUUCUCCUUGCUAAAUUGGAUGAAGUGAGUUGAGAAGAGAUUCAGCCAAAAAUGAAAAAUCUGACUUUAUUUACUCAACCUCAUGUCGUUCCAAACCUCUAUGAAUCUGCGUAACACAAAAGAAGGUAUUUUGAAGAAUGUUGGUUUUGGUUACCAUUGAUUAUAUGGACUGUGCAACAUAUUUUAAAACAUCUACUUUUUUUGUUCCACAAAAGAAAGAAUACAGUAAUGUGUGUAAAUGAUGUCCGAAUUUUUAUUUUUGGGUGAACUAUCCCUUUAAAGGUGCUAAAGAG